CACAUUUUGAACAACAUCCAUGGGAAUUUCAGAUUUCGCACAGGUGGUUGGUUGUUACACUCUGGAAAUGGAAUGAAGGAAGCCACAAUGACGUCUACUAGAGAAGAUCUUUGGCGCAUUCUUGAGUGUCUGACAGCUGAACAGUUCAAGAACUUUCAGUGGUUCCUCAAGGAGGAGGAUGUGAAAAACAAAUUUCCAGCCAUCGCACAGGCCCGACUAGAAGGAGCGGACAGGCAAGAUACGAUUGAUCUGAUGGUGCAAAAAUACCGCCCCUCAGGAGCUGUGCAAAUAACCAUGAAGAUCUUAGGGAAGAUCAACAGAAAUGAUCUGGUGCAGGAUUUGUCAAACAAGUCAAAUGAAGACCACAAGAUCUCUGCAGCGCUCCCAUGUGAGGAUGAGACAAGGAGGGCCAAACUGAGGGAGAUGAAAGCCCGAAUUGAUCUGAUGAUCAAGGACAGGCAGAUAAAGAUCUGUGAAGUCAGACGCACAGCAGAGCUCAGCAGGAAGUCUGCAGAGCGACAGACCUCAGACAGCAUGAGGGCGUUUGAAGCUCUGGUGGCCUCUGUCCAGAGCAGUCUGGAUAAACUCAUCGGAGAGAUCGAUGAAAAGCAGAAAAUGACACAGAAACAGGCUGGAGGAUUAAUCCAGCAGCUGGAGAAGGAAAUCUAUGAGCUGAACAAGAGUAGCGAAGAGGUGGAGCAACUUACCAAAGACCAACGUGACUCCCUGCCAAGUUUCACAAAUGAGAUGCUGACAGAAGCCAGGUUCCCCCAGCCAUCUUACAAAGAAACUGUGAUAAGCACCGUCACUCAGCUGAAGGAAAAACUCAGCAAAGACAUGGAGAUGUUUCUCGCUGUGACUGAGCUGAACAGGCUCCGGCAGUUUGCCGUGGAUGUGACGCUGGAUCCAGAUACAGCACAUCCCAACCUCAUCCUGUCUGAGGACGGGAAGCAAGUUCACUGUGGUGACAUAAAACAAACUCUCCCAGACAACCAAGAUAGAUUUGACCAGGUUAUUAAUGUUGUGGGAAAGCAGAGCUUCUCUUCAGAAAGCUUUUACUAUGAAGUUCAGGUUAAGGAGAAAAUCUCCUGGGAUUUAGGUGUCGCUAAAGAGUCAAUAAAUAGGAAGGGAUCAAUCAAAGUGAGCCCUGAAAACGGCUUCUGGACAAUAUGUUUAAGGGCAGGAAAAUACAAAGCCUCAUGUGUCCAUCUCAGUGUGGGCUCUCAGCCAAGGAAAGUGGGAGUGUUUGUGGAUUAUGAGAAUCGUUCAGUCUCCUUUUAUAAUGCUGAGUCCGCAGAGCUCAUUCAUUGCUACACUGACUGCUCCUUCAAAGAGAAACUCCGACCUUUCUUCAGCCCCGGGACUCUUCGUGAUGGCCAAAACUCCACUCCGCUCAUCAUCUGUCCUGUCUAUCACAACUAUCAGAUCUGAUCAAUCAUCCUUUCAACUGCGUGAGACUCAUCAUAGAGUCUUCAGCUUCUCCACCUUUAUUUAUUUAUCACCCCUAAGUGGACAUCUGAAAACAAAUCCUUAGCCAACUUUUGAGUGGUUCAUUGUUAACCUAAUGGGAGUGUUCAGGGGUUAAUGUAGUUUGUAAAAUUCAGAGGGUCCAGUGUGGCCCGCUGAGUAGCACAAAAAUGUAAUCAACCCUUCACCGACCCCAUGCCACGCAGCAGGGUCAGGAUUGGGUCUCCAGUCGUUAAACAGAUGGUGUUAUAUGGGGCUGUUUGAAUUGUUUAUUUUAUCAUCAGUUUUACAGCCUUCAAACUUAAAGCCUGCAGUUUGCCACGUCACACUCAAAUAAGGUGCUUAAGAAAGGAACGUCUAGUAUCUUUGUAAUGAUAAAAGUCUAAGUGAAACGUGGGAAAUACGUUUUUACACACUUCUGAAGUCUUUGUGUGGCUCAUGAGCCAAAAAGAGUUUGACACCCUGAUGUAGGAGCUUCAGAAUUUGUGUGUUGUUACUUGUGAUCUUGUGGAAGGUUUCACAGACGGGCCACAGUUUUACGCUCAGUACGGCGUUCCCUGACAGAUUUUUUCUCGGUAUUCAGUUACAUGGUUGAUCAGGUAACUUUGGCCUGAGCUUUUUUAAGACCAUGCUGGUGACCAGUGCACAUGAGCUUCUGUGUCAUAUUUUACUCUAAAAGUUCAGGGUUUGGUCUCAACUCUAGAGAAGCAAAACCUUCCCGAACAAUCAGAGAGAGAGAGACUGGUUUUCAGCCUUGAGGGUCUUAUUUAACACACAGACAGUCAUUUUUCAAACAUCUCCUCCCUCCAGCAGAUCGUGUUUUACUUGCAUGUCGAGUGUGGGGAUCCAAACUGCGACGGUAACCGUUCUAACUUCGCACGCAGCUAGCAGGAGAUAAACUCAUUUAAAGGCAGGUGUGGUUUUUCUACAUUUAGACUCUGUGGUCUCACCGAGGCGCGUCUUUCUCUGCAGUCAUUAUAAAUGGUAAAACUUUGGAUGAUAACAUUUUUUGUUCAAAUCAGAGAUGGUCAAAUAUAAAAUGUUUAAAAAUUUUGCUGAUUUAAGAUGGAAUAAAUAAAUGUGUUACAGAAGAAGA